CAUUCGGACAGCGAACACCAAGAAUCGGGCAGGACGCGUUCUUUCUACCGAAUAUCCUAUGCGCUCGUAGGAGACCGAAGUGCUCAACGAAUCGGUGUAGCCAUCUCGGAUGGCCAGGGGCAUUCUGAUGAGGUGUCCGAAGACGACCUGUGCCCGUCAGACCGCUGGACGCGUACUAUGAUGAUUGGGACUUGCAUUCCAUCAUCGUCCGACCUCGCUGUUUCUCGUCAGAUCCAGCCCAACACGUCCCACACCAUCUGACUCUCCU